AGGGGCACCCGAUUGAAAAAGUGAUUCGGGGCAGGGGCACCCAACUCAGGUUUCUUUCCUUCCUUAUCUUCUUCUUCAUCGAUUUGUUGCUGUCUGUCUGUGUGUGUGUGUGUGUGUGUUUGGCUGUGACAUUCACAACAACAUGAUGUUAUCAUCCAUGGUGGCAGUUCAACCUCCCACUCUGAAGCCUCUCACUCUCUCGCCCAUCAAAUUCAACACCUCUUCUUCCUUCUCCUCAAACUCACAUUCUCACUCACACCUGUGUCCCUCAAACCCCUCACGUUUUAGGCUCGCUGUUUCUGCGGCCGAAACUCCUUCUGCUGCGGUUGCCGUUGCUGAACAAGAUGACACUUCUCUCUCUCCUCCGCCUCAGAAGCUUGGAGUGGUUGUGAAGCCAACUGACAAGCCAAGACUUGUGUUGAAGUUCAUUUGGAUGGAGAAGAACAUUGGCAUUGCACUUGACCAAGCUGUACCGGGCCACGACACCAUUCCUCUCAGCCCUUAUUACUUUUGGCCAAGGAAAGAUGCUUGGGAGCUCAAGGAGUUACUCGAGAGCAAGCCUUGGAUAUCACAAAAGCAGAUGAUUAUUCUUCUGAACCAAGCAACUGAUCUCAUCAAUUUGUGGCAGCAGAGUGGUGGCAACUUGUCCUGAAAUCAAAUGUAGGAUGUUUUCAAACUUCUUGUAUUUUUUCGGUGAUGUUUUGUGUCAAUAGGAUGUUCUCCUUUCAAUACUAUGGUUGUUCUGUUGUAUUGUGUUUACAGUCAAGUUAUUUCUCUUGCUAUGUAUACCAGACAAGUGUGAAAUUCUUUUAGAUGAAUCAUUACGUUUCUACUCUCA